UCUUUGGAUGUAGUUGCUUUUUAUUUUGAGAAAAAUCAAUGGAGGUAGAGAGUGUUGAAAACUGGAAAGGAAAAACCUCAGCGAAACUAGAAAAAGCAAAAGCAGAAGAAGCGUGGGCAAUAGUGAAGGACUUCUUCAACCUGCAUAAAUGGUAUCCCACACUCCCUACGUGCUAUGGUGUCCACGGAACUAACGGUGAGCCCGGCUGCAUACGAUACUGCGCGGGCUUCGACAUCCCAUCAUCAGACAGUUGUAGAUCUGAGAGCGUGAGCUGGUCAAAGGAGAGGCUGGUGGCUGUUGAUGAUGCUGACCGGAGUAUCAAGUACGAGAUGGUAGAAAGCAACAUCGGAUUCAAGUCGUACGAGGCCACCGUGAGGGUCAUUAAAGAAAGUGAUGGUGGUUGUGUCAUUCAAUGGUGUUUUAGUGUCGAACCUGUUCAAGGUUGGGUGUUUCAGGAUUUGCUCAUCAAGUACCAUGACGGCCUCAAGCUUAUGGCUGCAAAAAUCGACGCUGAGAUUGCUAACUAGGUCAUCCCUCAAUCGUAGAAUUGUUUUUUUUUUUUUCAA